UCAUGAUCUUCACUCUGAGCCCCUUAGGGAAAGGGUGGGAUAAGAAUGUAGUAAGUUAAUUAAAACAGCUGUAAAUAUUCUUCAGAUCCUUCCCUGAAAAGUGCAUAUUUUGUUGUUUUGAUUAUUGUAAGCUUGUGUUGAGAUCAUCCUGUUUAGGAAGGUGUAACUGUUCAGAACUUGCUUCUCAGCAUUCCAAUUAAAUCCCUCUGACUUCAAAGGGACUUUUCAUCUAGAACUCCCGGCUGAUCUUGGCAAUUCCGUGGGCUCCUAAUCCAAAGGAUGAUUUUUCUGUCACUGUGACUUUGUUUUGCAGAAUCGCCACAGUAAACAGCAUGAGGCUCUGCAGUGGAUUUUAUGUCAGAAUUUCCUUUCUCUCAUCUGCCAGAGUCCAGUAGUUUAGAAAUCCUAAAUGGUAGAGGAAUACAGACUGACUGUGUUGGUAGAUCUUGCUAGAUUACUUUAAUGGUGCAUGUGCGGUAAGAUAGGCUUCAUGGGAAUGUGCAGUAGAAUUUUAGACCUUUUUAAGUGGCCUUGUUGGAAUUCUUUUUGCUUUGCUCUCUGUGUGUGUAUUAUACUGUUGGUUUAUGCUAAAUGUAUAUGUCAUUCUGUCUUGAAUGUAAGCCACUUUGAGUGUGUGUGUCGAUAGCGGGGUUUAAAUGAAUAAAUUCAACUAGGUGGUAAAGGGGAUGCUGCAAAUAUAAGCUUUCAAAAAUGCACCAUGUUAACAUGACAAUCCUCUGGUGUGCAUCCCUCUCUCGCAACCAUGGAGGAGGCCAGCACUGUGGAGGAAGGGGAAGUGACCUCGGGGAUGCAGUCCUUGGCAGUGGACGAUGGGCCUGCACCGGAGCUUGCUGCCCCUGCUGAUGAGCAAGACAAGGCUGCUGGGGAGGAGGAAGAGGAGGAGCAGUCAGGGAAAGGAAGCGAGUCUGCCGAAGAGGAUUGGUGUGUGCCCUGCAGCGACGAGGAGCUGGACUCGCCCGACGGCUGGAUGCCUCCCCCUGAGGAGAUCCGGCGGCUCUACGAGCUCAUUGCUGCCCAGGGGACCCUGGAGAUCCAGGCAGAAAUCCUGCCCCGACGCAACCCUACCCCGGAGCCUGACAGUGAAGACGAGGAUAAAUCCGAAGGGCAGCCUGAGCACGAGGAAGAGGAGGAGGAAGAGAAACCUCACGUGCCGACUGAGUUUGACUUUGAUGACGAGCCUGCCUCACCCAAGAGCUCUUUAAUUGACCGCCGGAGAACCCCUGGGACCUUAGCUAAGAGCCAGAAGAGAGAGGCCCGCCUGGACAAGGUGCUAUCGGACAUGAAGCGCCACAAGGUCUUAGAGGAACAGAUUAUGAAAACAGGCCGAGACCUGUUCGACUUGGAUUCGGAUGAUGUGCCCACGCCAAAACGGCCAUCAGGACUCUUCUUGCGCCAACGCAAAUACUGAGGGUUGUUGAACUUUUUGGGGCCAAAGAAAAUUAUUGGCUCUUGAGUGUGAAUGUAAAAGGAAGAAGAUGAAUGCAUGGACCCAUUAAGUCAACCGGUGACUUGGAUUUUGGCUCAGAUCCUGCACUGGCUGCAGGAGGAUCUUGCUUGGGGAUUUUGGGGUGUAAUAAAGGUCUGUGAGAUUGUU